GUUCUUGUAUACAUGUGUUUUUUUUUAAUAGAUUGGACAAUGUCGGACUUAGAACAGACACAAGCGAUUUAUUUGGAGGAUUAUGAUGAGGAGACAGAUGAAGAAAAUACAGAUGGGGAGAAAAAAAUAGUCUCCUUUUUAAAAGUUUUAAAGCAAGAAGGGUUUCCAGAAAAGCUUUUCCCUUUGUACGAGGGUGAUAAUGUUAUUGGACGCCAAGAGGAUGUAUGUAACAUUGCAAUUCCUUUAAAGGCUUUAUCCAGACAACAUGCAUGCAUUGAAAUCCGAGGAGAAAACCAUCUGAUUUAUGAUAAAGGAAGCAGAAAUAAAACCAGAAAGGGCAAGUUAUUUUUGACUCCACAAGUACGCUAUGAAUUGAAGGAUAAGGAGAAUUUACUCUUUGGAGAUGUUAAAUGUGUUUACAUCAUUGGGGAACAUGACAAUCCAGAGGAUUCAGAGACAGGAUCUGAAUCCGGAUUCCAGACAGCUCCAGGUGAUCCAGUGGAUAAUCAAAUGACGACCUCUCGUGUAACCACUCUUGUAUAUGAGUCGGAGGAAGAGGAGUAUGAAAGUGAUGGUAGUGUGGAUCUCCUACAACCUACACAGGCUUAUAUACAGAAACAAGAUGGAAACAAGAAAAGCCGAAUCAAUUUUGACUUGGACACAGAUGAGGAUGAAAACAGAAAGAGCCCAGACAUAACUGUAAAAGAAACUCCAGCCCCUAGAAAGACCAAAGGCAUAUUAAGCACUGCAGUCGUGUUACCAGAAUCUGGGUCGGAGACAGAGGAAGAGAAAAGUCCUCAUUCUGGGAAAGGUGGACAAAUGAGGACCGUCAGUGACAUGAGUUUGCUACAGGCUCCAACUCAACGUUUCUUUGCAGAGAGUGAUGCAGAAACAACUGAAGAGGAUUCACCUAAAAAGAGUAUCCUUUGUGCUGAGACCCAGUCGUUCCUUGAAGAAAAAAGAGGAAAGGGAAGUGGCCUACAGGGAGUAGUACUUGACAAUGAUAAUGAAGAAAAGGAUGAGGACAUCCCUGUGGUGGAGGUGGAGGAGGAGGAGGAGAAUGAGGAAGAGGAGACAGAUAUGAGUCACUUGUUUGCUAAUCCUACUCUGGCCAGUGACCUUCCAGACGAUGUCAAGGACACUGAAGAGGACGAGGAUACUGUAACAAAAGAGGGAGAUCAAGAAACUGAAACUCAGGUCUUUACUGACCAGACUGUAGCUGUUGGUGACCAGACUGUAGCUAUCAGUGACCAGACUGUAGCUGUCAGCGAUGAGACUGUAGCCGUCAGUGAUGAGACUGUAGCUAUCAGUGAAGAAACAUUGGUUAAAAAUAAAGGUAGAGCUAAAGGAGGGAAGAAAUAUGGAAGAAAUGCCAAAUGUGCUCCAGUUGUGGAGGUUGAAGUAAAUGAAGAUGAUGCCACACAGAAGAUUUCUGAGAUUACUGAUGCUGCAACACUUGCUGUAUGUGAUCAGGUGGAGUGUGAAGCUACUCAGGUUUUUGACAGUAAAAUGAAAGAAGCAGAGACUGUAGCCAUAGAAUGUGAGGCCACACAAGUCUUGAAUGAAAAAUCAGCAGAAGCUGAGACUGUUGUUCUGGAAUGUGAGGCUACACAGGUCUUUGAUGCAAAAACUCCGGAAGCAGAAACUGUUGUGUUGGAAUGUGAGAUCGGUGAUGAAAAAAUCACAGAAGCAGAGACUGUAGCUGUUGAAUGUGAAGCAACUCAGGUUUUUGAUGAUAACAAGGCAGCAGAGGCAGAAACUGUGGCCAUGGAUGAAGCCACACAGGUGUUUAACGACAAGCUAAGUGAGGAUGAAAAAGGAGACAGUGAUUCAACUCAAGUGUUGGAUGAAAAAAUUUCUGAUGCUGAAACCGUAUCUGGAGAAUGUGAAGCAACACAAGUAUUUGACAAUGAAGAAUGUAAUAUUGUAAAGGAAAGAGGUAAUUCUACAGCAGAAACUGUUGCUCUGGAAUGUGAUCCUACUCAGGUGUUUGAUGAAGGAACAGACAGUGGACCUUCAAAAUCCACAACAGUUAGGUCAGAUAGAAACACUGAAGCUGAGACUGAUGACCAUUCUGAAAUUACACAGGGUAUUGAGGAGGUUCAAGUUGUUAGAAAGAGAGGCAGGGGCAGGGGCAAAAAAUCUGCAGCAGAAUCAGAACCAAAAUCUGAAGUAACAGUGGAUUCGGAGGAAAUUCAACCAAAGAGAAGUGGUCGCAUAUCCAAAAGAAAGUCAUUAAUUGUGGAAGAUAAACCUGUGGAAAAAGCUCUGGAUACCACUACCAGAAAAGGAAGGGGCAGAAGGGGAAAGGGCAGCAAGAAUAUGGCUGAUGUCACAGAGGAGUCAGGAGGGAAGGGUGAAGAGGUCACAAAGGAAGAGACUGUGUCUGAUUUUACUACAGAGAAAACCACUACAGAGGUGGAAGAAGUGGAUAGCAGGGUGGAUGACACGAAAUCCGACACAAGUGUUGAUGGUAUAGCCCAGACUGUACCUUAUACAAUGGUGUGUGAUGAGGAGGACCUACAACCCACACAGGCCUAUUGUAUGGAGGAAGGUGAUGAAGGAAGCACUACACCACCAAUCUCAGAAUUACUGGGAGUAGAGGUAGAGGAUAGCACACCUGUUGAACCAGUUAAAAUAAUACAAGAAAAACCGGAUGUUUUGCCUGUACCAAUUCCCCCCUCAUCUCCACACAAGUCAGCAUUGGCCAGUCCAGGAAGAAGGUCACCCUCACCUAAAAAAGUCCACUUUGAAAAAAGAGAGUCAGAAGUUCUGUUGAAUGAAGCUACUGGAUCCAAACUAAAACCUGCAGAGGAGUUUCCAGAAUCAAGGUCUACUGGAAGAAAUAGAAGAUCUCUUCCAAAUCUCACAAAAGCAGCCAUCCCUACCCAAGGAAAAAUCAAGAAAUUAUCAUUAGAUCCACCAUCUGAGGCUGAAAUACCAUCAUCUGCAAAAGGAAGAGGAGGAACAAAAACAAAUAAAUCAGGGAGUAAAGAAACACAAGGAGUUAAAGAUAAACAGGUGAAAGUAAUUGAUGUGGAGGAAACUCCACCUUUGGAAGAAAUGGAAAGUGAAAGUGUAAUCACACAGAAAGGGGAUGAAAAAUUAAAUGUGGAAGAAGAAUCUUCUCAGGGGAGUAGUGGUGGAAGAAGAGGAAAGAGAAAAUCCCAGCAAGUUAAAACAGAAUCCCACUCUGAGGAACCCACUUCUUCUCAGAGUGGUGAAAAGAUGCAAAAUGAGGGAGUGGAGAGAGACAUGGCAAAAGGUAAAAAAGGAAAGCGUGGCAGCAAGUCACAAGAACCAGUCUCUCAGAAUUCAGAACAGCCUGAAGGAAGCAUCAGCCAAGGCCGAGGAAGGCGUAAAAGGAGAACAGUAGAUAAUGAAGUAGAUCAGUCAUUGUCUGAUGUAAAGGCUGUUAAAUCUGAAGGAGGAAAACAGGAGAGUAGUGACACUGCUGAUAGAGCGAAAAAUAAAGAACCAACAGAUUCUGAAACUCAUUUAUCUAGAGGGAAAAAAGUAGAGGACCAUGAUAUUGAGGAAAGAAAAACAGAAGAAUCUCCAGUUGUAAAGGAAAUGAACAAAAAAACCAAAGGUUGUAAAAGCUCCACUAAAGCAGAAACUGAGAGUGUUCCUACAAAAAGGAAAGGUAGAGGAACAAAAAGUGAUAUACAUGUAUCAGCAACGUCAGUGAGUUCAGAAGUAGAGGAUGUGCUUGAACAACCUUCUGGUGAAAGUAUAGACAAAGAAAUGGAAAUGGACAAUAGUGAAACAAUUUCUAAGCCUGGAUCCAGAAGGUCAAGGAAAAAAGAAGCCUUAAGUAUCAUCAGUGAAGAAACUAGCAAUGAUUCACAGGAAUUACCAAGCACCUCAUCUCACAACACAAGAACUAAAAAAGGAGCUAGCAAUACUAGUGAAAAAGGGAGUAAGGAGAUUAUUGACAGUGUGAUGAGUGAAAGUAAAACAAAAACAAAACAGAAAGGAAGGGGCAAAGAAAAACUGGAACAGGAUAAGGACAUGGUGGAUGAAAGUGAAGUUAGUGAUGGUGAUUCUGAUAAGAAAAGUAAAAGGAAGUCAGUGACCAAACAGGUGCAUGAUGUUAAAACAGAAGAAAGUCAGGAAAGUUUUAUAUCUGCUGAGCCAACAAGAGGAAGGAGAAGAAAGGCUGUGACAAAGCAGACUGACAGUCAAGUCACACAGGACGACAGUGGCUCCAAGCGAAAGUCAAGAGGAGGAGGUCAUUCAUUGACAGAGAAAGGUGGUGGUGAAUCAGGGAGCAGAGACAGCUCAGUGUCAGGACAGAGUGAGGCUGAUAAUGUGAAAUCUUCAGCUAAAAAGGGCAGCAAUAAAAAGGUGAAAAAUGACCAGGAUACCCCACCUGGUACCUCUGACACAGAGAUGAGCAGUGACUCCCAGGAUAGUAACAAGCCAAAAGGAGCCCCUAAAAGGGGGCGUGGCAGACACAGCACUGCAGAGAAAUCCAAAAUGGAGCCUCCAUCAACCCCUCAACAGGGAAAAAAAUCUGCUAAAACAACAGAUUCACCAUCAGCAGCACUGAGGAGAAAGUCUGUGGAUCCAAUGAAACCCAAAGUAAUGUUUACUGGAGUUACAGAUGAACAAGGACAGAAGGUAGUGAAGGACCUAGGAGGACACCUUGUAGAUGCUGUUCAGGAAUGUACACACCUGGUCACAGACAAGGUUAGGAGAACAGUGAAGUUUUUGUGUUGUUUGGCUAGAGGAGUCCCCAUUGUUAAUCCUCUCUGGUUGGAUAGUUGCAAGUCCUCAGGAAUGUUUGUAGAUCAUGUUCCUUUUUUAAUCCGUGAUGAAGCAGCAGAGAGGCAGUAUAAGUUUACUCUUCACCUAUCUCUGGAGAAGGCCAGUGAGGCUAGCCUGUUGUCAGGAUACCAGAUCCAUGUCACCAAGUCUGUCAAACCAGACCCAGCCAACAUGAAAGACAUAAUUACUUGUUCGGGUGCAGAGUACCUGACCACCCUUCCCAAGAAAGCUGGGGAAAAAGUAGUGAUCAUUUCAUGUCCUGAGGAUAAAGGAAUGUGUGAGGCAGCAGUGAAAGCUGGAGUCACCAUUGUUAAUGCAGAGUUUAUCCUAACCGGAAUACUCAGACAAGAAAUCGCCAUUGAGAGUUAUAUUCUUUUCCAAGACAAAAAACGGUCACGGGACUCCAGUAUUGGUGGUCCACCAAGUAAGAAAAGACGCUAACCAUCAGUUAUCUGUCUCAAGUAUCAGUGUUAAAGUGACACCGAAAAAUGUGUGAAAUAUUCCUCAAGAUGGAAGAAGAUUGUGACUGGUGAAGAGAUAAUCAAGUAAACCUGUGAUAGCUUGUUUGCAACACUGAUUUUACAUUGAUACAUACAAUGUUUUAACAUUUUAAGUGUUGGAAAUUAGUUGCAAGUAAAUAUUGCUGAUGAAGUAUGUGUUAUUUUAUACAUUGAAUGUUUGAAUUACUUUUAGUGGACAAUUUUUACUAAAGGACCAUGGCUUUUUUUAUAACACUGACUUCAUUCUUUGUAAACCACGUCUUGUCUUCAUCAUAUUUUACGAUGUGAAAUGUGACAACCAUGGAAAUUAAUUGACUCCACA